GGGGCGUCAUGGGAGUUGUAGUCUGGCGCGCUGCUGUCCCUUCCCGCCGUCGUGGCGGUGCGGGACCGGGACCUCGCGGUGACCCUCAUCCCAUCCCUGCUCCCGCGGCCACCCACGGACCAUGAACGUGCUGGCUCCGGUCCGCAGGGACAGGGUCAUCGCCGACCUGCCCCCGUGUUUUCGGAAGGAGGCCGCCCUGCACACCCGCGCCGCCUUCCACCCCACGGCGGCCAGCGCCUGCCAGGAGCAGCGGACGGGCACUGUGGGGUUCAAGAUCUCCAAGAUCAUCGUGGUGGGCGACCUCUCUGUGGGGAAGACCUGCCUGAUCAACCGGUUUUGCAAGGACACUUUUGAUAAGAACUACAAGGCGACCAUCGGGGUGGAUUUCGAGAUGGAGCGGUUUGAGGUGCUGGGCGUGCCCUUCAGCCUGCAGCUGUGGGACACGGCCGGCCAGGAGCGUUUCAAGUGCAUCGCCUCCACCUACUACCGGGGAGCACAGGCCAUCGUGAUUGUCUUUGAUGUCAACGACGUGGGGUCCCUGGAGCACACACGGCAGUGGCUGGCUGACGCCCUGAAGGAGAACGACCCAUCCAACGUGAUCCUUUUCCUGGUGGGCUCCAAGAAGGAUCUGAGCACCCCUGCACAGUACAGCCUGAUGGAGAAGGACGCGCUCAAGGUGGCCCAGGAGAUGCAGGCAGAGUACUGGGCUGUCUCCUCUCUCACUGGGGAGAACGUGCGGGAUUUCUUCUUCCGAGUGGCGGCGCUGACCUUUGAGAGCAGUGUGCUGGCCGAGCUGGAGCGCGGCAGCAGCACCCGCAGGAUCGGCGACACCGUGCGGAUCAGCAGCAAGGAGAGCGACCUGUACCUGUCAACGCCCCGCAAGAAACCCAAGUGCUGCCAGUGAGGGGACAGCCCCAGCCCGCUCCGUGCUCACACCCCUGGACCAAAGAGGGGCGACCCCGGCCGGCCCCGAGGAGACGUCCCUGCCACCCCCAGCCCCCCCCGGCCCCUCGCCUGCCUGGGCACCCCUGGCUGGGGCGGGCAGGA